CCCUUUUUUUACCUCCUCGCUUUUAGACUCCUCUUUCUCUUCGCUCUUUCCCGCCAUGUACGGACGCCCCCCCGGGUUCCGCCCCUCCGGCGGCGGCGUCGGCUGGGAUUCGCAGCAGCCACCGGCGCAAGCGGGCUCAUUUCCAAAUCCCAAUUUUGCUCUCCAGAACCCCAAUUAUUACCUCCAAGACCCCACCUUCCUUCUCCACCACCUCCUCCUCCAAAACCAAAGCUUCCCUGUCCAAAACCCUAGCUUUCCAAUCCAAAACCCUUACUUCCCUACCCAAAACCCUAACGUAUCUGUCCAAAACCCUAACGUACCUGUCCAUAACCCCAACGUACCUGUCCAAAACCCUAACCCAAGCCCCCCUCCGCAGAGGCUACCUAAUCAAAGGCCCGAUGCCCCGAGUUCUUCAAUAAACAGGAAUGAGCUUCUCGGAAAGGUGGACUGCGCCGUCGCCGAGGCUUGCCGCAAGAUUAUCGAGGCCGGAGAGAGCGUGACGUCGUGGAAAGUGUCUCAGGAUGCGUUGUUGAUGCUCAAGGUCGACUCUUGGAGCUCUCUAGGGUUUAAAAUGCAGGCGGUUCCGAAUCUUCAUCGCCUUAUAGUCACGGAAGGGAAGAUAAAUGCAUUUAUCCAUUGCUUUGUUGGGGUCCGAAAAAUCACUUCAUUGUAUGAUUUGCAAGUGGAAAUCUGCAAGAACGAGGGUGUAGAGCAGUUUGAGGAGCUGGAAUUGGGUCCUUUGUUGCGACACCCACUUAUCUUGCAUUAUUUUUCAGUGAAAUCUGAUGUCAGUGAAGUCGUUAAAAUAACUGGUGAAGAGAUAAUUUCUUUCUUGUGGAAGUUCAUAUAUAGGAGUAAGAAUAAAGAAAUUAGGGUUGAAGAGUUUUUGGAUUUCAUUGCUAAGAAGCGAUCAGUUGCAGGCAAGGAAAAGCUUGGCAUACGAGUUCAAAGCUUGGGGAUGCAUAUUUCCGCUAUCCGAAAUGCGAGGAACUUAGAGAAUGGCACAUUACAGAAAUCUAUAGAGAGAUUGAAACGAGAAUCUGAUAAGAAAUACAGGAAGCGUCCCCUUUUUACAUCAGAGAAGAAACAGCUGGAUGAACGUUUCAGUUCCAUUUCCCAGCGCAUCGAAUCAUUUUCCCCAGUAAAGAAGGAUUUUUGUGGCAAACACAUAAGAUUUGCUUCAUCAAGCUCAGAUGAUGAAAAUAGUGAUGAUUUUACUUCUGAAGAUGAAAGGAUUGACAGUGCCACAGGUAGUCACUUUAACUUGCCAUCACAAAAUGUAAAAAGUUCUGACCGAGUGAGUAACUGUCCUUACCCAUCAGAAAUUGAAGAGAUGACACGGCUUGGGUUGAAAGGUGAAAUGCAGGGGCAUGCUUCUCCUGCUAAUGGCAGCCCAAGCUACAACUUGAGGAGUGGAUCAUCUAAAAAGAGGAGAAAAUCUGAAAAUCUAAGUUCCACCAUGUCUGCACCCUCUGGAUCAUCUAUAAAGAAAAGAAAAUCUGAAAAUCUAGGCUGCACCAUGUCUGCUUCCUCUAAAUCUUGUAAGAGAUACAUGAUAGAGCUAGAUGUGCAUCCAGUAGAUAAUUCCAAUGAGACAGGUGUUGCUAAAGACAUGAAUGGAGCUGAUCUUGUGGUUGCUAACGACUCUCGAAGGAUGUUUAUAACAACCUGGAAGGAGGCAUGUCAGGAGCAUACUGUGCCUGAGGUUUUCGAGAGGAUGCUUCAAUUUUAUGGCCAAAAACUUCCACGAGGAAAGAAAAUCAGAUCAAUAUAUUCAUCAUUCCCAUUUGUUGGAUUACUGAAUGUCGCUGUCUCUUCUAUCAAAUAUGGAAUGUGGGACAGCAUAUAUGAUACUUUUCAAGCCCUAAGUCAACAAGAUUCAACACAGGCACGUGUGGAAAAAAAUUCUGAAUAUGAGAUCAUAGAUGUUGAACCAAGUGUUAAGGAUGCACCGGUCAUAGCUGAUCAUGGUGUGGAGUGCACACGAGGUGUUUCUGUUGAAGAAAUUAUCCAGAAAGUAUCAAUGUAUUUUCUGUCUGAUAAUGAAAUCAAGAGUGAUGCUAAAUCACUUCUAGAAAGGAGAAUUAUCCUCUUGAGGAAGCUUUAUAAUUGUGAACUUUGGCUGGCAGAGCGAUUUAGAGUCGAGGCAUUCAAGUCCCUUGGUCAUGGGGAGUUUUUAUCGUUUUUAGAAAAACAUGCCUCUAUGCUACCUGAUGAGAUAUACAAGUUUUUAACGGGUGACAUAUGUGAAAAGUCCCCUUUGGAGGUUUGCAUGGUCCAGCAUCAGUUGGUUGUUUUAUUAUCACAGGCUAUAAAUGGCUUACAGGAAAAAGAAAUAAUGACGAGGCAGAUGAUUUCUUCACUACUUAUGAAGCAAUUCCCAUUGAUAAGUCUCAAAAUUUCAGAAAAUGGUUCUGUGGAAGAUUUUCUAGAUAUGGUGGGGAAGCAUAAGAAAAACUUAGUUUCUAAAGGUGUCCUAUUUUCUGUAACAUUAUUUGAAAUGUGUUAUGAUGGAGGCUCAUUGGCCUAUAAUGAAAAUGAUUUAUUGGAAACCACCAAGGUGAGAACUGGCAUCUGCCAGAAAGCAGGAGCCCUUAAAUCCGUUACAUCCAGAGAUGCAAUUGAGGUCUUACUCAGGGCACCACUGAUGUCAGAUUUAAACUUAUGGUCACAUUGGGACCUGAUAUUUGCUCCCUCACUUGGUCCUCUAGUACCAUGGCUGUUGAGUGAAGUCAACACAAAAGAGUUGUUGUGUUUAGUGACCAGAGAUGGAAAGGUCCUGCGCAUAGAUCAUGCAGCUACUGUGGAUUCAUUCUUGGAAGCUGCACUUCUAGGAUCCCCUUUCCAAACAGCGCUGCAGCUCUUAUCUCUAUUCUCGUUAGUUGGGGGAGAAAAAUAUGUUCCCUUGUCCCUUUUAAAAUGUCAUGUGCGCCAUGCAUUUGAAGUUAUUUUGAAGAAUUCUGUGGAGAGCAUGGAAGUAGAUGACAUUCGGAACUCUCUUAUGCAAGGAGACACUAGACUGAAAGGGGUUGACGAAGUUGCUACUGGUAAUUUGAGUAGUGAGUUACACAAAAAUUUGUGCAAAACGAAUAAAGCAGUGCCUGUUGUAUCAACAUUUGUCCUUGAUUGUCUUGCCUAUUUACCCAGAGAGUUUCGUGGUUUUGCUGCUGAUAUUUUCCUUUCUGGAAUGCGAACUCUUAUCAAGGAUGCUGCUUCAGCAAUUAUGUGUGAAUGCAAUCAAACAGAGAAGCGUGUCAUGCUUCAUGAAGUAGGAUUGUCUCUUGGUAUAGUGGAGUGGAUUGAUGAUUACCAUUCAUUUUGUUCUACUGAAGCUACUGAUUUGUUCACAUCUGGAAGUUUAUGCUUGAAAGCUGCUAGGCCUGAGAAAGGCAUAGGCUCAAAGAAUGUGCAAGAUGCAUUGGGUACGUCUUCCACUCCUGAAGUGACUAUCAAUGAACCUGUUGUGGUAGAUGGCCAUGAUGAAGAAUGUACUAUAGUUGGUCGAUCAAUUGAUGGGUUAGAAGUUUUUGAUGAUAGAAUUGGCUGUAGUCACACAAAGUAUUUGUCUGAACUUGAUGAAUAUAAGAAUGCAGCCUUAGUCAUUGAAUCUAUCAGGCAGGAUGAAUUUGGUCUGGAUCCAAGUCUUUCUAGCACUGAAAGUAGCAUGUUGAAGAAGCAGCAUGCUCGCCUUGGGAGAGCACUUCAUUGUCUUUCACAAGAGUUAUAUUCUCAAGAUUCUCAUUUUCUUCUUGAGCUGGUUCAAAACGCUGAUGAUAAUGAUUAUCUGGAAAAUGUGGAACCAACUCUGACAUUCAUUCUUAAAGAGUCAGGUAUUAUUGUCCUAAAUAAUGAGCAAGGCUUCUCUGCUCAGAACAUCAGAGCUCUUUGUGACGUUGGAAACUCAACAAAGAAAGGAUCUAAUGCUGGAUAUAUAGGGCAGAAAGGCAUUGGCUUCAAAUCUGUAUUCCGGGUCACAGAUGCUCCAGAGAUUCAUUCUAAUGGGUUUCAUGUCAAAUUUGAUAUAGGUGAGGGUCAGAUUGGUUUUGUUUUGCCAACAAUAGUGCCUCCAUGUGAUAUUGGCUUGUUUAGUAGGUUGGCAUCUAGUGACACUGAUCGAUUGGAUGGUAAAUGCUGGAACACUUGCAUUGUACUUCCUUUCAGAUCGAGAUUAUCAGAUGGAGCAGUCAUGAACAGCAUUAUGACUAUGUUUUCAGAUCUUCACCCUUCUUUGUUGCUUUUUCUUCACCGACUUAAGUGUAUUAAGUUUAGAAACUUGCUCAACAAUUCAUUCGUCGUGAUGAGAAAAGAAAUCAUGGGGGAUGGCAUCGUUAGGGUUUCACACGGAAAAGAGAAGAUGACGUGGUUUGUAGCAUCUCAGAAGCUGCAGGCAGAUGUCAUUCGUCGUGUUGUGCAAACAACAGAAAUCUCUAUAGCAUUUACAUUGCAGGAAUCAGUUGGAGAUUACAUUCCACUUGUUGACCAACAGCCUGUUUUUGCAUUUCUUCCUCUAAGAAGUUAUGGUCUGAAAUUUAUUCUCCAAGGUGAUUUUGUUCUUCCUUCAUCUAGAGAGGAAGUGGAUGGUGAUAGUCCCUGGAACCAGUGGUUAUUGUCUGAAUUUCCUAAUUUGUUUGUUGGUGCGGAGAGAUCCUUUUGCGCUCUUUCAUGUUUUAGAGAAAAUCCAGGAAAAGCCGUGUCAGCUUUUAUGAGAUUUGUUCCGCUUGUUGGGGAAGUUCAUGGUUUCUUUUCUAGUCUUCCACGGUUGAUUAUUUCUAAAUUACGUAUGUCAAACUGCUUACUUCUGGAUGGAGGCAAUGACAGAUGGGUUCCCCCAUGCCAGGUUCUACGAGGUUGGAAUGAACAAGCUCGCUCUCUUCUUCCUGAUGCUUUGCUUAGUGAGCAUCUUGGCCUUGGAUUCUUGGAUAGAAAUAUCAAAGUAUCUGAUUCAUUAGCAAGGGCACUGGGUAUUCAGGAAUAUGGACCCACAAUUCUACUUCAAUUUAUAUCCUCUUUAAGUCAUGCGGAAAAUGGCAUCAAAUCAAUGGGCCUGAGCUGGUUGUCUUCUUUGCUAAAUGCACUAUAUAUAAUGUCAUUCCAUUCUUCUGGACAAAUUUUCUUAAACUCUAAUACAGAAAUGGAUCUCAUAGAGAACCUUCAAAAAAUAUCGUUUAUUCCCCUUUCAGAUGGUACAUACAGCUCCAUGGAUGAAGGUACAAUCUGGUUACAAUCUGAUGCAGUAAGCACGGGGUUGGAUGUUGAGCAUGGACCUGAAGCUUUCCCAAAUUUAUUCACUAAACUUCGGACUGUAUGUCCUGCCCUGCUUUCUGCAUCAUCUGUUGAUACCUCAUGUGUGGACACAAGUUUGAUAGACAACAUAACCAAGAUGCUUUAUAGAAUAGGUGUCCAGCGGUUGUCUGCUCAUGAAAUUAUGAAGCUGCACAUCUUGCCAGCUGUAUCUGAUGACAGAAUUGUAAACAGGGACAAGAAUUUGAUGACGGAGUAUCUGUGCUUUGCAAUGAUCCACCUAAAGUCUAGCUGCCCUGAUUGUCGUGUUGAAAGGGAAUACAUAAUCUCUGAAUUACAAAAUAAAGCUUUCAUUUUAACAAAUCAUGGUUUUAAACGACCUGUUGAGAUGUCGAUUCAUUUUAGUAGAGAAUAUGGAAAUCCAGUCCAUGUUAAUAAGUUGAUCAAUGUUGUAGAUAUGAAAUGGCAUGAGGUUGACACCACAUACUUGAGGCAUCCAGUCACUAAAUCAUUCUCAUGUGGAGUAAUGAAAUGGAGGGAGUUCUUCCAGGAAAUAGGCAUUAUGGAUUUUGUGCAAAUACUUCAGGUUGAUAAGACUGUUGGUGAUAUAUCUCCCACCAUUUUUAGGAAUCUAAUGUGGGAAAAAGAUCUGAUUUCCCCUGAAUCGACUGUGAAAGAUUGGGAAUCCGAUGAAUUGGUCCAUUUAAUAUCCCUUUUGUCCAAAAAUGGCAUGCGGCAAAGUUGUAUUUAUCUGUUGGAGGUUUUGGAUACACUAUGGGAUGGCUGUUUUAGUGACAAAGCUACAGGUUACUACUACCCUAAAUCUGGUGGAGAUAGGAAACCCUUCAAGUCUUCAUUCAUGAGCAGCAUUUGUGAUGUCCAAUGGGUAGUGUCUAGCAUGGAUGAUGAGCUUCACUAUCCUAAAGAUUUAUUUUAUGAUUGUGAUGAAGUACGCUUUGUUCUGGGUGACUCUGCUCCAUAUGCUGUUCCAAAGGUGAGAAAUGGAAAAUUAGCAAGUGAAAUUGGCUUUAAGAUUAAAGUUACCAUUGAUGACAUUUUGGAAACUCUGAAAGUAUGGAGAAGAUCUAAGACACCUUUCAAGGCCAGCAUAUCUCAAAUGUCAAAAUUGUACACAUUCAUUUGGAAUGAAAUGGCUACUUCAAACCAGAAGAUCACAGAGGAGUUACAUUCAGGGCCUUUUAUAUUUGUUCCAUAUGCAUCUGGCUCUAGACUUGAUGAUGUGGUACCUGGUACAUUCUUGUCUCCUGAAGAAGUCUGUUGGCACGAUUCAACUGGUUCUCUGGCCCAAAUGGAGGAGAUUCAUUCUCGGUGCAGUUUGACAGAAGUGUCUUAUCACCCCUUAAACAAGACGCUGAGCAAUAUUUAUCCGGGCCUUCAUCACUUCUUCAUUGACAACUGUGGAGUACAAGAGACCCCUCUUCUCCGUAGCUAUCUGCGGAUUUUACUGCAGUUAUCUACUGUCGCUUUGCCUUCACAAGCAGCUAAUGCAGUUUUCCAAGUUUUUCUUAAGUGGAGUGAUGGACUGAAAUCUGGACUCCUAAGACCUGAAGAUGUCAUUUACUUGAAAGAAUGUCUUAUGAAAUUGGAAUUUAUGGUGCUCCCAACUGAACAAGAUAAAUGGGUUUCUCUACACCCUUCCUUUGGCCUUGUGUGUUGGUGCGAUGAUAGGAAGUUGAGGAAGCAAUUUAAGCAUUUUGAUAACAUCGAUUUUCUGUGCUUUGGCGAACUUGGUGAGGAUGAAAAACAGAUACUUCAAACAACAAAAGUUUCCAUCCUCAUGCAGACCUUAGGGAUUCCUGCUCUCUCAGAGGUUGUAACUCGUGAAGCAAUAUAUUAUGGUCUUGCUGACUGUAGCUUCAAUAUUGCUUCAUUGGUGGGAUGGGCUCUUCCUUAUGCUCAGCGCUACUUCUGUAGUGUACACCCUGAUAAAUAUAUUCAACUUAAGCAGUCUGGAUUUGAUAUUCUGAAUCGUCUACAAGUCAUCGUUGUUGAAAAGCUAUACUACAGGAAUGUCAUAAAGAGUUGUGGUGGUGCAUCUAAGAAGCGAGUCGAAUGUAGCUGUCUUCUGCAGGAUGACAUUUUGUACACAACCCAAGAAUCUGAUUCUCAUGCCAUAUUUAUGGAACUGUCACGUUUGUUAUUCCAUGGAACUCCCGAUUUACACUUGGCAAAUUUCCUUCACAUGAUCACAACAAUGGCCGAAUCAGGUUCCACUGAGGAGCAGACAGAGUUUUUCAUUUUGAAUAGUCAAAAGAUGCCUAAGCUUCCUGAUGAAGAAUCUGUUUGGUCCCUCUUGUCUGUGCCUUCAUCGUCAAAGAAUGAUGAUUCGCUCCAGACAAGUUUUGAUUUAACAAUAAUAGAUGAGAAAUGUUAUUCGAAGUCGAAAAAGAAAGCAGGAAAUAACCCAAACUGGCCACCUGGGGAUUGGAAAAAUGCACCAGGUUUUUGUUAUGCUCGUGCAAAUGGUUACAACACACGGGCAACAACUGUACAGCCUAGGAGCAGCCCACAAAAGAAAAAGGAGGAUGAGUCUGAAGGCACAGUCAUGCAAACUGAUAAUGUUGUUCCGAUCUCAGUGGAUGAUGAUUGGACCAUUGAAGAUGAUUCAGCAGCAGCUUCAACGGCUUUAGUUUUGUCAGACUAUGACAAUUUGGAAAAUCAGUCUGGCCAUGCUCAUAAUCAGACAGAUUCUGGUGUAGAUGUUGAAUUUGAUCCGGUUAAUUUAGAUAUUAUGUCCAAUGGCCCUGAGUUGGGUUCAUCUAAUUUUUGCAAGAGAGAUCGACUCAGAAUUGGCACACCUAAUGCAACACGAGCCGCACAAACAGGGAGGCUGGGUGAGCUUCUCGCGUUUAAAUAUAUUACUGGGAAAGUAGGUAAGACAGUUGCGAAGUGGAUUAAUGAAGAUAGUGAAACUGGAUUACCCUACGACAUUGUUGUAGGGGAGGGGAGUAGUAAAGAGUACAUUGAAGUUAAAGCGACCACAUCUCGAAGAAAAGACUGGUUCCAUAUAUCAACCAGAGAGUGGCAAUUUGCAUUGGAUAAAGGUGAUUUAUUCAGUGUUGCGCACGUGGUUUUAUUAGGUAAUAAUGUUGCCAGGGUCUCAUUAUACAAGAAUCCAGUGAAGUUAUGUCAGCAAGGCAAGCUGCAAUUGGUUUGUAUGAUGCCAGUGAAUCAGAAUGAAUUCUCCAUGGUCUCCCAAGAGGCACCAUCUUUUGACUUUGCAUCUGGGGGAUUGACUCGACAGUCUUAGCCAAUCUAUGACUGCCUCUAUGGAUAACAGAUUUCUUUAUGCCAAAAUCAUUCUCUUGAUGCAUGGGAAAAUCAAUUACCAUGUCGCUUCAAAUCGGUGUGCUGGUCCAGUUGAAGAGCAUAAACAAAUUUCCGCUCCUGCAUGGGAAGGCAUGUGCUAGAAUCUUUGGAUUUUAACCGUGUGAUCGGAUUUGGAGAAGCUACGUGGUGGGAUUUCUUUUUCAAAAUAGUGGUACAAAUGCCGAGGUUUAUGUGCUGUAGGGUGCUAACAUCAUCUUCAUAAACUGUAGUAUGUAUUAUACAUGAGACUUUGUCACCCGCAGCAAUGUAUUUGCUGUUCGCAUAAACUAAUUAUCUUUUGUUUUUCUUUAUUUGCGGGGGUGAUUGCUUAAGCAGUUGCCCAUGAAUUCUUGUGCAAGCUUGGUACGCUUUAUUACCGUUACAAUAUGAGCAAAUAGUUACAUUAACAAAAGAUAUAGAGAAUUAAAAACAGUUCAAA